ACGUGUAAUUAUAUCAUGGCGUGUCUACUCGCGCCACUUCGUCCCACCCCACUUUCGCUUUCAGUCCCUCGAAUCAGAUUUGGGGCCAAACCUCCAUCCAACGCGGCCCCCGCCCCGAUUCGACUCAUCCGAAAUUCGAUGAGUCAACCAGCCGCCGAGGCCAAUCCGGACAUCCCAAAGUCCGACACCACGGACGUCCUGGUUCAGUACGUCGUGCUCCGGCGAGACCUAAUCGAUACGUGGCCCACGGGCAGCGUGGUCACACAGGGCUGCCAUGCCUCCGUAUCCGCCAUUUGGUCCCACAAAGACGACCCCAUCACCCUCCAGUACUGCAGUCCAGAAAACAUCGAUUCUAUGCAUAAGGUUACCCUUGAGGUGAAGGGAGAACCCCAGAUAGUGAAUUUGUCAGAGAAGCUCAAAUCAGGUGGCAUAGCACACAAGCUCUGGAUUGAACAACCCGAAAACUUCCCAACUUGUCUCGCCACAAAGCCGUACCCGAAAUCCGUGGUAUCCGCAUAUUUUAAAAAGUUGAAACUCUGUAAGUGAUGUUAUUGUCAUCCUCAUUAGUGCACAGCCAUGAAUUGAUUUGUGCACGACUUUCAAGCAUAAUGUGUUCGUUUAUGAAUUGGCUCUUAAUCCUUUUCA